CACGAAGUUCUUGACAGAUCUGAUUUCAGAUUGAAAGAAUUCAAAAUGGCUGCUACAGGCUCCAAGUAAAGGGCUAACUCUCUUGGAUCCAUCCCACUGCGCAUGAAGCUCUCCUAAAGAGGUGGUGUCUAAGUGCUCCUUGUCCCAGUUCCUCCCGCCUCAUCAUGUCCUCCACCUCCUCCUCCUACUCCUCCUCAGGGGAGACCAGUCCGGAGGAUGUACCCCGAGGUGGGGGCACCAUACGGGUCUACCUCCCCAACAAACAGAGGACAGUGGUGAAUGUUCGCCAAGGACAGACUGUGUACGAGAGUCUAGAUAAAGCUCUCAAAGUGAGAGGCCUGAGCCAAGACUGCUGUGCUGUGUUUCGCCUGCUAGAAGGACGUAAGAGACUGACGGACUGGGACACAGACAUCACUCCCCUGGUUGGAGAGGAGCUUUUAGUCGAGGUUCUGGAUGAUAUUCCCCUCACAAUGCACAACUUUGUACGGAAAACAUUUUUCAAGCUGGCUUACUGUGAUUUUUGCCACAAGUUUCUUUUUAACGGCUUCAGAUGUCAGACAUGUGGCUACAAAUUUCACCAGCACUGCAGUAGCAAGGUCCCUACAGUGUGUGUGGACAUGGACACAGUGAGCAAACGGUGUGAUCCUAAUCUCUGCACAGAUGAGUACCCACGGAUACUAUUGCCAGAAAGUUCCCCAUCGCAGAGCAACCUAGCCUUAACCCCAGAGCCUGCUGGGAUGGACCUCCUGUCUCCGACUUCAGCCUUCCGCUUUCCUUUGCUUGGUGGAGAUGGGCAGUCUCUACAGAGGCAUCGCUCCACCUCUACUCCAAAUGUUCAUAUGGUCAGCACAGUGGGCCCUGCUGGUGUCAGCAUUAUAGAGGAAGCGCUAAAAUUCAACAACACAAUGGGUCCUGAGCCCUCACCAAAGCCCUCCACCAGCCCGCCCUCUUCUCUGUUCACCCCAGGGAGUAGACCCCCCAAGUCUCCCUCAGAGCAUAAGGAGCGCAAGCCUUCCUCUUCUGAUGACAAAAAGAAAGUGCACCGAGGGGGCUACAGAGACUCCAGUUACUACUGGGAAGUCCACUCUCGAGAAGUCAACAUUCAGAAGAGAAUAGGUGCAGGUUCGUUUGGAACAGUCUUUAAGGGCAAGUGGCACGGAGACGUGGCCAUCAAGAUCCUGAAAGUCACUGAGCCAACGCCGGAACAGCUGCAGGCCUUCAAAAAUGAAAUGCAGGUCUUACGGAAGACCCGCCACGUCAACAUCCUGCUGUUCAUGGGCUAUAUGACUAAGCCCAACUUCGCCAUCAUCACUCAGUGGUGUGAAGGCAGCAGCCUGUACCGCCAUCUGCACGUCACAGAAACCAAGUUUGACACGAUGCGUCGCAUUGAUGUGGCUAGACAAACAGCACAGGGCAUGGAUUACCUUCACGCAAAGAACAUAAUUCAUCGAGACCUGAAAUCAAACAAUAUUUUUCUCCACGAGGGCUGGACUGUAAAGAUCGGUGACUUUGGCCUGGCCACAGUGAAGUCUCGGUGGAGCGGCUCUCAGCAGGUGGAGCAGCCCAGUGGAUCCAUUCUGUGGAUGGCUCCUGAGGUGAUCCGGAUGCAGGACACCAACCCAUACACGUUCCAGUCUGACGUGUACGGAUACGGAGUUGUGCUGUUUGAGCUGAUGUCAGGGACCCUGCCUUACUCGAAUAUCAACAACAGAGACCAGAUUAUCUUUAUGGUUGGACGUGGUUACUUGUCUCCAGACCUAAGUAAGCUGUCUAGUACCUCACCCAAGUCAAUGAAAAGGCUUAUCAUUGACUGCCUGAAGUUCAAACGUGACGAGAGGCCCUUGUUUCCACAGAUCCUGGUAUCCAUUGAGCAGGUUCAAGACUUGCUGCCAAAAAUAGAGCGGAGUCGCUCGGAGCCGUCGCUCCACAGGGCCGUCCACGCUGAGGACCUGAACCCCCUCCUGUUCCACACCACCCGGCUGAUGCCUCUCUAAGCUCCCCAGCUAUGGGGGAAGAGAGGGCGUCACCCUUUAAAAAAGACCACAGCAUUCCGUGCCUCGGAGAGGCUGACUGUCCCCCACCCCCUCCCACUCACUCCCUGCGCCUGCAGAGCCUUACAGCUGCAGAAACAACCAGAACACAUGUUUUAUCUGAUAUAGAAUCUCCUUCCCUUUAUUCAAGUGAAAACAGAUGUGCUGAUUAAGUGUUCUGGAUCUAGAAGCCUCGGAUCAGUCCACUUGAGAGAAAAGCCAUCAAACUGAUGCAUUUCAUGACCUAACCUACAAGGAGGUGUUUUAGUUGCUUUGAAGAAAAGGUCAAAACAGACAGGUUUUGCACGUACCCUGCAACAUUGAGGCAGCCUACUAACAGCAGUGGAGUAGUGUAAUUAUAGUGUACGACAUGCUAGAGCUGUUGUUCAGGUCAGCUGAUCAGAUUCCAUCAUUCAAACGCUCAGCUGUCAUGCGGCCCUGUCAGUCUAGGUGUGAAGAUAGUGAUUUGAAAACAAACUGCCCAUUUGGGAUUGUUUUUCAAAACACAAGACAUGUUAUCUCUAUGUAAACCUAUUCUAUUUCAUUCUUUUGCAAAUAUUUCCCUGCUAGAAUGAAUGUCAUGUUUCAACCACAUCGACAUAAUAAACAUGUGGAGGCAUAUGAGAAUAAGAAAGUUCAAUCCAUUGCCAGUGUAGAAGAAAAUGGCAACCUUCGACACUCACUAAUUAAAAAAGUGUUAUUGGAAAAAACAAAUGAAUGAUAGGAAGUAAGAUAGAGGAAAGUAUCUGGGUACACAAUAAAGCAGUAACCGGCUCAAAAAGAUAAAGGAGAUUGUCGGGAAUGAAAAUGUGCUUCUCUUGUUGAUUCUGAACUAAACAACAACAGGACACAUUUAUCUAGUUUGACUCAUUUUCUUCAAAGUAACUAAAGGCUAUCAGUUACAUGUAAAAUGAUAUUUACCCUGCCCCGCUGGGUUCAUUGUUUAGCUUGUUGUAUUACGCUUCACACUGAAUAUAGGAUUACAUCGUUAGGACCAACAGUUUUGUAGUGUACACAGAAGGGUUUGUCUGACCAUUUUAUUAAUCAUUCUGAUAUUGAACAUUUCCAAGAUAUAAGUUUCAAAUCAUCAUUUAAGUUUCCAGUCAAGAAAAAAACCGUCCUUAUAACCCCUGCUAAUCAUUAGAUAGAUGGCACUUAAACCUAGAAGAAUAUCAAUUCUAAUGAGGUAAACAAAUCUAGAGUCUCUACUUCAACGGCAAUAUUUCAAUCUUGUGUCCACAGACCACUGUGUUGCUCUGCCCCUUUAUACGCGGAGACACACCAUAUAGUUCCAUGUUUGUGGUGAACAUGAAGUGAAAUUGCAGAUUGUUUCAAAAAGAAUGUCAUCACAUCGUGUUUUUUUUUUUUUAGCCUGAUAAGGAAUUGAGAGAUCAUAGUAAGUUGCAGUCUAAAUGUAAAUGGUUAGUUGUUAUUGCCGCUACGUUUGUGUUUUCUGUGUUUCUACGCCUCAGAGACACUGUGCACCCCGCACAGCUUCAUCGAGUCUCUCGCGGUCUAGUCUGAGCAGAUCCUUUCUAACGCUCACCGUGGAUCGACCACUGGAGGAUAUUUCAGGGUCAUACCGGCACACACUUUAACUAGUACUGUAGCUUUUGGGAGUGCAUUAACGCUGAGUAACUUGAGCUGUUUCCUUUAUGAACUCUUUCCCUUACACACAUGUAGCCAACAACAGGUGAAGCGUUCUCACUUGGUCUAAGAGAGGGGUAGAGCAUGCAGGAGGCACAUCAUGACAUGAGUGCAGUCAUUUAGCCGGUUCGUCAUUUGGAUAACUUGUCUCUUGUGCCCUCAAAUUGCUCUGAAUCUUUGGAGUUGGCUUUUAUCUCGCCCUUUAUCAAGUUAGACAUUUUUGUCCGUGGCGUCUCCAUGUAAAAGACCCUUCCACAUUAUACUCGGCUGUUUGGUUUCUUCUGGUUGACACUGCCAGCUGUGAAAGGAAAGUCAUCAACACGCCCACUCGCUAGACGUGAGAACUCUAGUCACAUAUGGGCUCAAAUCAGAUUUCCACAGACUCUACUUAGAGCCGUCAGGGUGAAGUCCACCUGUUGUGUGGUCACGUUGAUCACGUUCUCACAUACAGCUUUUCUGGGUGAUGACUAGAUCAUUUCAGGGUUCCAGUGCAUGUGUUAAAGGAUUAAAACCUGCUGUAACAUCUGCCAAACUCCCCACCAAUUCUUUGUCUCCAGCAGUCUCAACAUUACAGUUUUCUAUUCACGGAGUAGCUCUCCAUUACGCCCACAGUGAUGCUAAUUAUGUGAGGAAUAAAAAAAUGAGCUUGAAAUUCAUUCUUAUUGUGAUGUCAAGAGAUUUGUUUUAUCUGUCAGAUUUUCUGUUUUUAAAAUGAUAUUUGAAAUUCCGAUUGCCCUUGAUUCCAUGCUCUGGAUGAUUGGGUCAGCACUUCAGCUGCUGAUAGUCAGGAUCAGGAUGCAUACAUUAGGUAAUGCAAAUGGCUUCAGUUAUUUCACCUGGCUGGCAUGUUAUGUGGAUACUUGAAUACCUGUCUAGAGGUUUUGUUGCAAAGCUGUUGUAUCACUGUAAUGGAGUUGCAGCUUCUGUGCAAUGUGUGGGGGGAGAAGACCUUGUCAAACAGACUGAGGGAGCAAUAAGGAUGAGCUCAGUGUUUCCCGGCGCUCUGGAACAGAAGGAAACAAACAAACACUCACUUGUAGAUGAUGGCUCACAGUUUGAUCAGUAAUCAACUGUUAUUCACUGUAAUGAUCAAUAACGAUGGUGGAUGUGUGAUGGUGUGUGCAGCUCUCUGCCAUUUUAGUUGUAAUUAAGUGUGCAGUGUCCCUGGCGCAUUAGGGGCAUAAUGUAACAUUGGAAAGACCUCACAACAAGCCUCAACUGUUGGAUGUCUACCUGUGAUGGGUCUGCAGUUCUUUCCCAACACUUGUCCUGUUCAGAACAAAAUGCAUCAUGGGAGUUUAUUCAUUACAGGAGAAUUGUUUUGGUUCAUGCUAAACUCUUUCAGGGAUUAUAAUCCUAGUCCCAUGAAAAAACUGUAAACUAAUGUGGACACAUCAUCAGUGUCAGUGGCAUGGGGAACUCUUCGUUCCACUGAGAGAAAUCCACAUGCCUGAAGUCCCAUUUCUAGAUGCAUGUAGAAUAUUUCCUGGAUUUAAAAGUAACAUCUGAAAUAACUAAUUUAGUUUUCUUCACGGCGACGGGUUAGUCGCCUGCUCUCUUCCUUGCAGCGGUGUUUGAACGGCUCAAUAAUACAGAGUUCUCAGCUCUCGUAUGUCAUUCUCUUGGAAGUAUUAGCUUUAUAAUACUACUGAGUGGUUUGGAUUUUAGUGUCACCCUCAAGUGUAAAUGGACCAGCUGUGUGUGUGUGUGUGGGGGGGGGGGGGGUGUUCUGUGAACUGGCUUUUCUCCGCUGUAUAUUGUAUGCAUCAGUCAUUAAUGAACUGACAGCAGACCAGAUAUUUAAACCGUAAUAUUUGAAUGUUGUGAAGAUAGGGGCUGGGUACCCUUACUGUUCUUACUCAUUCCAGUUCUUUUGAUGGUUCGUGGUUUGGGGGGGGGGGGCAUUGGUUUAACCUGUUGGGGUGGGGAUCUGUGAAGCAGAGUUAUGAAAGACUUAGUUUCUGUCUUUAUUUAUUAAUGUGUUCUGUGAGGUGGUUAGAUGUUGGCAGAGGGACAUCACUCUCUGCAACACUCGCCAUCGCUCUCUAACAAGAAUGUUUUUUUAGGCUCGGUACUGUCUGCUCCUUCAAAUAACUUUUAUUCUGAUACUGUCUCCUGCAGGGGCAUUUGUAGUGACAUGUCUUUUAAACAUCUUAAGCACAAACUAGAUAUCAAACUUUUUUGCAAUAUUUUGUUCAUAGGUUUUCACUACGAUAGCAUUUGUUAAUGACAACACUUCAAAAUACUCGUGAUAUGGGCUGUGACGUUUAAAUGUAGCUUUUCAGUAUUUGAAUGGCCUUUUGGCUGCUGAAUGAAAGAAACCCACCUUUUUAAAUACGAUGCUUUUAUAGUCUUUCAGACAGAAUGUCCAUGAUGCACUGGUGGACCAGGUUUCCUGGGAAUCUAAGUCAUACGUGCAUAGCCUCUCAGAGGGACUGUGUAGUGGAGAACUCAUUACUUCCUGUUCAGAAAGUGAGGCGUCUCCCAAAGAGGACGGUUCAUCUGGUAUCCAAUGGCAACAAAUGCCACAGUUACUGAAAAUCUAUUCAAAUGGACCUGAACGUUUGGAUGACAAAGAGGAGCCUGCGCUGCUUCUGGAGACUUCCUGGGGCGGCCGAGAGAAAACGGACUAACAGCUGCUUGUUUCGGAGAAGAAGGGGCGGAGCGAUCUGUAUCAGAAUAGAUUUUUGUCUUUCCAUAUCUCUAGGUGAAUUGCAAUACUUGUGUUUAUAGUUUCUGAGGUGUCAGGGGUGUUCAGUUUGCAAUAAAUGGUAUAUUCUUCUCUGUACAGUUACAUUUUUUUAAUUACAAAAAUUGUACUUUUCUCUAUUUUUGUGUGGUUUCAAAAGAACAAAAUUAUUUUAAAGUGUAAAUGAUAUCUUAGUAUUUUUUUAGUUUUGUUGUCUUAAAAUAUUGAUGCAGGAUUUAUUCUUCAAAUAAAAGCAAUUAUCUGUG